AUGGCAGAUAUCAACCUCCAAGAGAUCUCAGAUCUCUUGGCUAACCACAAUUAUAUAGCGGCGGACCUGGUAACAGAGACUGAUCGUGCAGUGGAGAAGAUGGUUUCGAACCGCCUUCUCUCCGCCCAUCCAACAUUCUCCUUUAUUGGCGAAGAGACCUACGUCCCGGGCCAAACAGAGCUCACGGACGCACCAACAUUCAUAGUCGAUCCGGUAGAUGGGACCACGAACUUUGUGCAUGCCUUCCCCGCCUUUUGCAUCUCUCUCGGUUUCACCGUACACAAACUCCCUACCGUGGGUGUAAUAUACAAUCCUUUUCUCGAUGAGCUUUAUACUGGCAUUAAGGGACAAGGAUCGUUCGUUACGAGGCAUGGGGGGGGGAAACUCAGGCUACCGCUGAAGAAAGAACCAGAGCCGUUGAAGGAUUUGAGUACAUGUUUGGUGGGUGCGGAAUGGGGCAGUGAUAGGUCAGGUAAUAACUUCGACCUAAAAUGCAAGGUGUUUUCCAAGCUAGCAGCGACGAAAGAAAAUGGCGGUGCGAUGGUGCAUAGUUUACGAUGUAUGGGAAGUGCGGCAUUAAACUUGGCAGCUGUUGCGGCAGGUCAGCAAGACGUUUACUGGGAAGGGGGCCCUUGGGCGUGGGAUGUUGCUGCCGGCUGGUGCAUUCUCGUCGAGGCGGGAGGUAUCAUGGUUGGUGGAAACCCAGGUGAUUGGGCACCGGCUGUAGAUGGGAGGUGCUACAUGGCUGUGAGAGGAGCACCAAGUGGGCAAAAGCAGAUUGUGGAGGAGUUAUGGAGUGUGGUUGGCGACGGAAAACUGAAAUACUAG